GGGCCGCAGCGGGGAGGUGCGGAGCGCGGCUAGGGCGGCUGCGGGAGCCAGCCGCCGCCCCUGCGCUCCGGGGCUGCGGGGCGCAUGGGGCGCAGGGAACUGGGAACCUUUGCGGGCUGUGCGCCCGGCCGCCUGCUGCGGUGAGACGCGGCACAGGACGCCUCCAGAGCCCGGGCAGUCGGGAGUAUGACCAUGGCUGGGGGCCGGCGGGGACUGGUGGCCCCGCAGAACACGUUUCUGGAGAACAUCGUGCGGCGGUCCAACGAUACUAAUUUUGUGUUGGGGAACGCCCAGAUAGUGGACUGGCCCAUUGUCUACAGCAAUGAUGGAUUCUGCAAGCUGUCUGGCUACCACCGGGCAGAAGUGAUGCAAAAAAGUAGUGCCUGCAGUUUUAUGUAUGGAGAACUGACCGAUAAGGACACCAUUGAAAAGGUGCGCCAGACCUUUGAGAACUACGAGAUGAAUUCCUUUGAAAUCCUGAUGUACAAGAAGAACAGGACGCCCGUGUGGUUUUUUGUGAAGAUUGCGCCAAUCCGGAAUGAGCAGGAUAAAGUGGUUCUGUUCCUCUGUACCUUCAGCGACAUCACCGCAUUCAAGCAGCCGAUCGAGGAUGACUCAUGCAAAGGUUGGGGGAAGUUUGCUCGGCUGACCAGAGCUCUGACAAGCAGCAGGGGUGUCCUGCAGCAGCUGGCCCCCAGCGUACAGAAGGGCGAGAAUGUUCACAAGCACUCGCGCCUGGCAGAGGUCCUGCAACUGGGCUCAGACAUCUUGCCCCAGUACAAGCAAGAGGCGCCAAAGACCCCCCCUCACAUCAUCUUACACUACUGUGUCUUUAAGACCACAUGGGAUUGGAUCAUCUUGAUCCUGACCUUCUACACAGCCAUCCUGGUCCCUUACAACGUCUCCUUUAAGACCAGGCAGAACAAUGUGGCCUGGCUGGUGGUGGACAGCAUUGUGGACGUCAUCUUUUUGGUGGACAUUGUUCUGAAUUUUCAUACCACCUUUGUUGGGCCAGCGGGGGAAGUGAUAUCUGACCCCAAGCUUAUCCGCAUGAACUACCUGAAGACGUGGUUUGUGAUCGACCUUCUUUCCUGUCUGCCCUACGACGUCAUCAACGCUUUUGAGAACGUGGAUGAGGUUAGUGCCUUUAUAGGUGAUCCAGGGAAGAUUGGUUUUGCUGAUCAGAUUCCACCACCACUGGAGGGGAGAGAGAGUCAGGGCAUCAGCAGCCUGUUCAGUUCUCUGAAGGUUGUGCGCUUGCUCCGUCUUGGGCGAGUGGCCCGCAAGCUGGACCAUUACAUUGAGUAUGGAGCUGCGGUCCUGGUCUUGUUGGUGUGUGUGUUUGGGCUGGCCGCCCACUGGAUGGCCUGCAUCUGGUACAGCAUUGGGGACUACGAGAUCUUUGACGAAGACACCAAGACGAUCCGCAACAAUAGCUGGCUCUACCAGCUGGCGAUGGACAUCGGCACUCCAUACCAGUUCAACGGUUCUGGCUCGGGCAAGUGGGAAGGCGGGCCAAGCAAGAAUUCCGUCUACAUCUCCUCCCUGUACUUCACCAUGACCAGUCUCACCAGCGUGGGCUUUGGGAACAUCGCCCCAUCCACAGACAUUGAGAAGAUCUUCGCGGUGGCUAUCAUGAUGAUUGGCUCUCUUCUGUAUGCCACCAUCUUUGGGAAUGUGACAACCAUUUUCCAACAGAUGUACGCCAACACCAACAGGUAUCAUGAGAUGCUCAACAGUGUCCGGGAUUUCCUGAAGCUCUACCAGGUGCCCAAGGGGCUGAGCGAGCGGGUCAUGGACUACAUUGUGUCCACCUGGUCCAUGUCCCGAGGCAUUGACACAGAGAAGGUCCUCCAGAUCUGCCCCAAGGACAUGAGAGCUGACAUUUGUGUGCACCUGAACCGCAAAGUGUUCAAGGAACACCCAGCCUUCCGGCUGGCUAGUGAUGGCUGCCUGCGGGCCCUGGCCAUGGAGUUCCAGACCGUGCACUGCGCCCCGGGGGACCUCAUCUAUCAUGCUGGGGAGAGUGUGGACAGCCUUUGCUUCGUGGUCUCGGGCUCCCUGGAGGUGAUCCAGGAUGACGAGGUGGUGGCCAUCCUAGGGAAAGGAGACGUGUUUGGAGAUGUGUUCUGGAAGGAAGCCACACUUGCACAGUCCUGUGCUAAUGUCAGGGCCUUGACCUACUGUGACCUGCAUGUGAUCAAGAGGGACGCCCUUCAGAAAGUGCUAGAAUUCUACACAGCCUUCUCUCACUCCUUCUCCCGGAACCUGAUUCUGACCUACAACCUGCGGAAGAGGAUUGUGUUCCGGAAGAUCAGCGACGUGAAACGGGAAGAGGAGGAGCGGAUGAAACGGAAGAAUGAGGCCCCCCUCAUCCUGCCUCCUGACCACCCUGUCAGGAGACUGUUCCAAAGGUUCCGUCAGCAGAAAGAGGCCAGAUUGGCAGCAGAGCGAGGGGGGCGGGACCUGGAUGACCUAGACGUAGAGAAGGGCAACGCCCUCACGGACCACACCUCAGCCAACCACAGCCUGGUGAAGGCCAGCGUGGUCACGGUGCGUGAGAGCCCUGCCACGCCUGUGUCCUUCCAGGGGGCCUCCACCUCCACAGUGUCAGACCAUGCCAAGCUGCACGCUCCGGGAUCUGAGUGCCUCGGUCCCAAGGCAGGCAGCGGUGACUGCGCCAAGCGCAAAGGCUGGGCCCGCUUCAAAGAUGCCUGUGGGAAAGGGGAGGACUGGAACAAGGUCUCCAAGGCAGAGUCCAUGGAGACGCUGCCCGAGAGGACAAAGGCAUCAGGAGAGGCCACGCUGAAGAAGACAGAUUCCUGUGACAGCGGCAUCACCAAGAGCGACCUGCGCCUGGACAAUGUGGGCGAGGCUAGGAGUCCCCAGGACAGGAGCCCCAUCUUGGCAGAGGUCAAGCAUUCUUUCUACCCCAUCCCUGAGCAGACGCUGCAGGCCACAGUUCUGGAGGUGAAGCAUGAGUUGAAGGAGGACAUCAAGGCCUUGAAUGCCAAAAUGACCGCCAUCGAGAAGCAGCUCUCUGAGAUACUCAGGAUACUAAUGUCCAGAGGGUCUGCCCAGUCCCCUCAGGAGAUGUGUGAGAUCUCCAGGCCCCAGUCCCCAGAGUCAGACAAAGACAUUUUUGGAGCAAGUUGAGAGGAUCAUUGAAAACAAACUAUCAAAAAUCAAAGACAAAAGCCUGUCCCCUUGCCCUCGACGCCCCUCACCACACCGCCCACAUGACCAACAAUUUUCAAAAUAAGCUUUUCCUGACAGGAAGUCAAAGUGGGACCAAAGGGCAUGGUGUGGCUGUGAGGUCUCUGGAAAAUAUAAGCAGGAACGCGGCCAGGCACCCACCCUGCAAGAUGGCAGUUGCGUUUCACCAACUCCCCGAGAGCUAAGGAAGAAGGAGCACGCCGUCUAUCUGAAGAGCGCUUCCUUUAGAAUGUCUUACCAAUGUGAUGGAAGCCAGCCCUGGAAAUACUGGUGGGAGAGCCCCAGGAACCCCUCGGGAACAGAUCACAUUGGGGUUCUUUACCGAGCCCUCUGAAGACCACGACAGGCACCGGGGCUUCUGGGCCUUCACCACCCCUGUGCAGCUGUGUAUGAUGUCACCACCUGUUUUCCUAUUCUCGUCACUUCAAACAAGCUCUCGUUAAGGGGGGCCUGACAGAUGGGAGAGCCUUCCCACUUUGUGGCAAAGGUGGAGCGUCCAGUACUGUACCACGGACAUGCGGGCUGGGCUCCUCAGGUUUCCUUGCCCAGAAGAGGUGAGGCCAGGGUAAGCUGAGCGGGCUCUGUUGUGUGGUUCGCAGCCUACCCUGUGGGAUGGUUGAUGUGGAUGCUCCCAGCUCCAGAUAACCCCCUGGUGCUGUGCCAAGCUAUAGGCCUCACAACGUGGGACUCUCUGCUGCUUCUCCCUCGUCCUCCUCCUAAGCUUGCCCAGGGUGUGGGGCAUUUAAGGAAGGGGCAGGAGCCCGGCAAUGCUUUCCUAACAAAGCAGACACACACACACACAACCUCAAAAAUGAUUGUAGCAAGUAUUAGCUUUCUAUUUUAAUUUUCAUGGGAUGUUUGUCCAGUGCAUGGGAUCAUUCAAGGUCACAUGGGAGCCACGGUUAGCCUUAUUUGAAAGUCAACCUAUUUCCUACUCUAAAAAUAAUGGCAGCAGGCCAGGCAGUGGUGGCGCACGCCUUUAAUCCCAGCAUUUGGGAGGCAGAGGCAGGCGGAUCUCUGUGAGUUCGAGACCAGCCUGGUCUACAAGAGCUAGUUCCAGGACAGGCUCCAAAACCACAGAGAAACCCUGUCUCGAAAAACCAAAAAAAAAAAAAAAAAAAAAAAAAAAAAAAAAAAAAAAAAAAAAAUAAUGGCAGGACCAUGAUUAUUCUCUUAGGGAGCUGGAGAAAAGGAAUGAAUGACACGUUGGUUUUCAAAAUGUCUCAUUGAUUAGCUGGGGGGGCGUGACAGUGAAACUGUGGUCUUGGGGAAGGCUGAGGCUCAGAGCCACGGCUGCAGGGCCGUGUCUGUGGCAUCCAAGUUCCCACACCAUGAUGCUCAGGAACACUUGCUGCCUCAGUCACUUGAGGUCUUUUUCUUCAUGGCACGGGACAGGACACAGGACAAAGGAGCUAGCUCAGGUGCCCACUUGGAGGCUAUCAGGCAGGAGUGUAAACCUACCCAGUGAGCCUGGAAGGAGCCCUUAGGAGAGUGAGAGCCACGGGUGCUUCUGCUUAGCAUUGCUUGGCUGUCGCAAUUCAGAACGCCAGCCUGUCUAGGGAACCCGCCGUCCAAGACCUACCCUACCAAAGAUACUUAGUGUUCUGCCCAGAGACCAGGACUUGCUGUGUGGCUGUCUGUACAGAAUGGAUGGCACUGGGAAACCAAGGGUGUGCCUGCAUGUAGCUUUCAACACAGUGCAUACGGCCGAUACGGCCGGCUCCUGGCAUACCUAGGCCGAGAUUCUAGUAGGACCAGUGUCAGAUGGCAGCAUUUAAAGAUACUCACUGGUGACCUACAGUCCCCUGAGCUGCCACCAACUACCCCUCGGGGUAGACUGAGAUACUGGAGUCCCAUUUGCCGCUGCCCCCAAAUGUCCCAUUCCUCACACAUACUCAGUAGCCUGGUUCUUAGCUUAGGAGCGCUAAGCUUAGGGUAGGAUGGACCCCAUGUCGUGCAACACUCAGCCUCGGGAGCACCUGUGCCUAGAGAUCCUUCUGGAACUCUCUGGGACUUAGCGGGCCCUCUAGCUCCUUGACAGCUCUUUCUGAGGGGUGAAUCUCCUUCAGAUGUGAGGGAUCCAGAUGCUGGGGUGCUGGAGAGUGCACCCUUGUGUCAUGGGACAGAUAAAGCUUCAGGCUGUACUCUGGGGUCAGUCAAAAUUGAAGUCCUGUUAGGCUGAGGUCCACACUCUGCAAGGGGUGUUGCUGCUUAUCUUGGGGUUCUAGGAGUCUAGGACCUAAGAGUUUAGGACCUAAGAGUUCCUGAAAGUGCAAGUGACGAACACACGUGGGUGGCUUCAUUUUCUCCACUUCUAUAGCAUUUUUGCUACGACUGCUUUCUCUAAAAUAAAUCAUAAAGGAGCCAACCCAUCUCUCUUUACUUUCCUGGCGAGCAUUGGACCGGAGCUUCACAAGGACACAACAGGUGUGCCUUGAGCAAGGACCACAGGAUUCAGAUACCAAUGGCCCGCACCUUUAUGUCUUAGCCACGAUCUGGUAGCUGAGGAGAGACUGGGAAACAGAGGGUCACUGGGUAUCGGACCAAACAGUGAGAUUUCAGAAAAAAAUGGUGUCCCCUUGGAGGGGACGGGCACAGAAUGUGGUACACAGCUGUCUAGUAGGUGCCGGUCACCUGAUCAGCUGCUGUGAGCGUCACCCAGAGUGAAGCUCCAUUUCCCAGUGCCUAUCCUGGCAGAUUAGCUUAAAGGGAGCAGUCCCACUUGGGUGGAUGAACCUGCUUUCCUCCUGAGGGCAUGUGGUAGAGUGGACUAGGCAUGAGAGCCAAACAGCAGAGCCAGUGUUCUGGUUCUGGCAGGCACAUUGCCUCGCCACCUAUGCCAUCCCAAAGGGAGCUGCGGAUUCCUCCACUGGGCACACGACAGGCUUUGGGAUGCUCUGGUCUAGGCACAGCUAACCCCAUUUCUCUGCUUCGUUCGUACUGGAGCAGAGCCUGAGUGUUUGACUGCUGUGCCUAACACAGUCGCCCCCACCCCAGCAGGCUUUGUUUGUUUUUGGUGCUGGAGGUCAAAGUCACGCCCUUGCCCAUGCCAGGGAAGAACUCUACCACUGAAUGAUACCUCUGCCCCUUCCCCAGCCACCUUCUGGAAACACAUUUAUUACCUUGAUGUCUUGUUAUCUUGUUCCUAGGGCCUCGUUAGCCUUCACCUCUUAGAGCCUGUGUGUUGUUUCCACAGUGAGGAUGGUUGGGCAAGGAGUAGAAAUACCUUACCCCACCAUGCACAGGCUUCAGCUUCCGAACCCCUAGGUGGAAGGAGGGAACAGUAAGACAAAUGCCAGGUAUGUCCUGGUUGGGGUUGGGACUAAAUAAACUCUGUAGAAAUACCUGUCAGCGGCAGGGCCGCAUCUCCUGUCACAUGGACAUCUUACAGGUACACUCCGGGGCCUCUCGGGAGCCCUGGGGAAAGUACAAGUUGUAGAUGUACGCGUAACUAAAUUGUUUGUACUCAUUCUGCAAUAAAGAUGUUUCGCCUUAAGACCCUUGAAUGGAAUUCCAGCUGCAAUGGGGGGGUCCCAGUGCCCCCUUGCUACCCCGUCUCCUUGUGUUGCUUAGAAAGGAGGCCUGCGUAGAUCCCCUCAAGUUCUUGGAUGCCCUCUCCUACUUACCUGUCCCUGGUACUGCUCCAUAUACUGCCUUUUUGUUCGCUUCAGUAAAAACUGUCUUCACCAGCUCCCGUGUUCUCCAUCUGGAGGAGUCUUCAGUGUUCAUGAAGCCCUGACCCUAAACUCCUAAGAAAGGACCACUUUCCAUCCAAGGCAUUGGUGUUGAGAUGCUUUCCUUGCUGCCUCCCACCGUUCAAAGGAAUCAAUGUGAAUUUACCUGCAGCUUAAGAACUUUGGUUUCCACAGUAAUGUAUCAGAACCUUUAAAGAUGGCCUCGAAUUCCUGCCAGACCAGGUAGAGGCGUCUCCACCUGCCACUCGGCCUUCCUUAGAGCCACACUGACAAUGACUUCUGAGUCCUUGAGGAGUCUGCAGCUCUCCUAUCAGAAGACAGAUUGUGUUUAUGGUGAAAACGCAACACCCCUCAUGAAUGUAGCCUCUCAGUAUUCAGACACUAUCUGUGCAUCAGUUGGAGACUGUCCACAUCACAAGGACAUUUAUACCCAUGAGCAGUUCGUCAUUCUAGGGCUUCUCUAUGAACACUCUCCAUCAAAUCCUGCCAAAUCCUUUCUCGGGUUUUUCGUUUCUUUUCCCCCUCUGUCUGAGUGAGCAUGAAUAAACAGAAGUCCAAAUGAGCAGAGGCUAUUUUUGUGAUCAGCUGCGGGUGCUGCCAAGAGCUCCGUUGUGUGGCUGUGGCGCGGGGAUGAUUUGGGCGCUCCAAUGGAUGAUACCCCCUUCUUGACAUUUUUAAAUAAGCACAAAUGAUAUUUGUAAAAAAAACAAAGUUUAAUUUUAUUUAUUAUGGUAAUAAACUAUUUUAUAUGUGA